AUGUCUACAGUGUCGUGUCCGGAGUACCCAGAACUUCAGGAAAAGCUUCAUCGAUUGGCGAUGGCUCGCGACAGUUUGUCACUCCAAGUGACAAUAUUGACCGAGCAGGUCGGUGCACAGAAGGAAAAGAUCCGCGAUUUGGAGAACCUGCUGGCUACUAAAACUAGUAAUCUUGACUCAACUGAAGAAUUGCUGCAAGAACGCAUAGGUAGUAAUGGAGAUUUGGAAACAAAGAAACUGGAUCUUUUAGCGGAGGUUUCCAAUCUCAAACUAAAAUAUGCGACGCUGGAGAAAGAGAAAAUAGAAACAGAAAGAAAGCUUCAGCUGUCGCAGGCUGAAAUUGAACAUUUAAAUCAAACAAUGCAAAGUUUUGUUAUGCAGCACGGUCUUCACCCGCCAGUCUGCAAUGCCCAAAUUCAUGCACAUUUGCCAUAUCAGCAUGUGCUUGGCAGCGCGGUAGGCGUAGAAUCCGAUCCAGGUUAG